AUGGGCUACUCGCUACUGGUGUGGCCGAUAGAAUGGUACGCCCCUACCGCCUCGUUCCGCACACCUCCCUCCUCCUCUCUCAUAAAAUCGGGAGACCUUUCCCUCCCUCCCUCCCUCCAUCGUCUCCUCUCGUCCUACUCACACUCCACCUCCCCUCUCUCCCUCCCUCCCUCGCCGCGCCGUGCUCCCUCCACUCCACUCCCAUCGCCCCAGGGCGCACACGGGAUCGCGCGCAGAUCUGUGCCCCCCAUCCCACGCGCUCGCCUCCCACUCCCCGCCUCCCCGCGGCGGCCUGCCUGGCUUAAUUUCGCCACCAAUGCGCUCUGGGUAGGGCAUGAGAGACACUGGCGGCGGCUUGCCGGCGGACCAAUUCACAUCCGGAUGGAGCUCAGCGUCGCCGCCGCAGCCGUGGAGCUCGGCAAGCGGGGCCGCCCCGAGGACCAGGACCACGACCAGGAGCAGGACCACGGGGAUGCCAAGCGGCUGGCGCUCGUGCCGUGGCCGCCGCACCAGCAGCACCCCUCCUCGCGGAUCUACCGCGUCUCGCGCGGCUCUGGCGGCAAGGACCGCCACAGCAAGGUCUACACGGCCAAGGGCAUCCGCGACCGCCGCGUCCGCCUCUCCGUCGCCACCGCCAUCCAGUUCUACGACCUGCAGGAUCGCCUUGGCUACGACCAGCCCAGCAAGGCCGUCGAGUGGCUCAUCAAGGCCGCCGCCGCCGCAAUCGACAAGCUCCCCGAGCUCGACGCCGCCGCCUUCCCCAACCACCCGGCCUCAGCCUCAGCCAACAAACAGUCUUCUGCUCUUCACGCGGAGGCCGACGGCUCGCAGCUCCAGCAGCAGCAGCUCACCAGAUCGGGCUGCAGCAGCACGUCCGAGACCAGCAAGGGCUCCGUCCUCUCGCUCUCUCGCUCCGACAGCCGCGUCAAGGCCAGGGAGCGCGCGCGCGACCGUAGCGCCUCUGUGAAGGACAAGGACGACUCGGUCACCGCCGCCGUGCGCCGCCGCGCCCCCUCGGCGCAGGCGGCUUCCUUCACCGAGCUGCUCACUGGAUUGGCGGCCGCCACCCCAGCUGUUGCUCAGCACAAGCAGCACAACUCGUGGCAGCAGAUGACCGCGUCUGCCACCGCGGACUACCUCGGCUUCUCCCAGCCAAGGAAAUCCGGGCACGGGAUGCUGCACACCUUCGCCUCCCCGGCCCCGCACCUGGGCAACAUUGUGCCCGUCGCCAUGGCCCCGGCGCAGCACUUCAGCUUAUCAGCCGGCGGCGGCGAUUCGCAGACGGACAUGCCGCACUUCUCCUUCUCGCAAGACCACUACAUGCCCGUCCAUGCGGCGCCAGCGUCGGCUCCGGCAGUAGACUACAGUCUCAACUUCUCCAUGUGCUCGGGUCUUGUGGGUGUCAACAACACUAGGGGGACCCUUCAGUCCAAUUCGCAGCCGCACCUCUCCGGCCACCACCACCACCAGCAGCAGCUCCAGAGGCUGUCUACUCCACUGGAUGCUCCGCACAUACCCUUCUUGUUCAGCCCAGCCGUCGCGGUGGCCUCCCCCACCACAGCGGAGAGCCACUUCGGCGCGGCGGCCGCAUUGCAGCUCUGGGAGGGGUUCCGGCACUCCGACAUGAAGGAGAAGGGCAAGAACUGA